UGAUUUGUAGGUCACUGGAGGGCGCGUGGUUGGUCCUGUCGUCAAUGGGUAUUGAAGCUUUAGUUAGUUCGGCAGAUGAAAACACCGAUGAGGCUACCCAAGCUCAACAGGAAGCGAUCGAAAGAGAUGUAAUUUUGCCGAAUAAUAUCAAGUUUGUGCUAUAGAUGAAGUCUACAUGUCUAAUUUCUGGAAUUCUUCCACUUUCAACACUUGAUGAGGACUUCACUGGUCAUUUAGUUUACUUGGAAAAAUUAAAGCUUAUGAAACAAAAUUACCGAGGGAUUCGUCGACUUCGACGUGAUGGAAACUGCUUUUAUCGAGCAUUUGGUUUUGCGUAUAUUGAGUACCUGCUAAAUGGCAAGCUAAUUAAAGAAGCUGGGAGAUUCAAGAAGAAGUGUGAUGAGUGUAAGGAUACACUGAUUGCUAAUGGUUAUACACAGUUUACUGUAGAGGAUUUUCAUGAACAGUUCGUUGGAAUGGUGGAUCGGUUUACUGUUGAUGGUGGCACAUUGGAAGAAUUAGAAGAAGUUUUUAACGAUCAGGCAUAUUCAGAUUAUUAUGUCGUAUUUUUACGACUCUUAGUUUCUGCGUACAUUCAAAAACAAGCUGGAUAUUUUGUAAAUUUUAUUGAUGAAGGUAAAACAAUCAAUCAGUUUUGUGAAACAGAGGUUGAACCAAUGGCUCGUGAAUCAGAUAAUAUACAUGUGGCUGCUUUAGCAUUAGCUGUUGAAUUGCCUAUUUAUGUAGAAAAUUGUCAACAGUCGGGUGAAUUGAAUCGUAUCGAGUUUCCUGCAUAUAGUGAUUUAAUAUUGGAUAAUGCCGGUGAAACAAGCAGUGAUAACCAUGAUAUUCAUAGUGAACAAGUAUCCAAUGAAAAUGAUUCUUUUAUUAAUAAUUAUAAACAGAAUAGUAGUUCACCACCAGUUACAUUAUUGUAUAGACCAGGUCAUUAUGAUAUAUUAUAUCCUAAUUCAUGAAAAUAUUAAAGCAAUUGAUAAGAUCGAAACUGUUAAAUUGAAUAAUACGCUCUGUAUCAUUGAUAAUCAACAUUACAGUAGGUUUAUAUGUUUUGGAUGCUACUUUAUAAUUUAGAUUAACUUUCAAUGAUGAUUUUUUUUUGUUGUUGUGUUUGUCUGUAUGUGUUUAUGUAUUUCUGUAGAUUCUUUUCUUUUUUGUAAUAUGAUGCCUUUCACUAAAACAAUAAUUCAAUCGAUAGUAAAAUAUCUUUUUUGAAUUGUUUCUUUUGAAGAAAUUGCGUAGACUAUUUUA